GCUCCGAAACGUGUAAAUUUUCAAAUUAUCCUUAAACGUGUUCUGGCAAGGCAACCCUGCAGAAGUCCGAUAUUGCAAGCCCAGCAGCGCGUGAGACCGGAUUCAGAGAACAGCUUCAUGGCUUCAUCAUCCGCACCCACUGUCCCUGAGGCCGGCCAAUCGCAAGAAAAACCGACUGAAGUGGUGAGGGGUGUUCCUGUGGGGGCGUACUAUGCCUACAACCAGCAACACCCACAAGAUAACAGGCCAAUAGGAUAUGGGGCUUACAGCGCACAAGGGAACGCUCCCACCUAUCCUUAUCCAACACCCGAGCCAACAUCAUUUGAGGUCCACGAAGUCAGGCCCCAGGAGCCUCUUCCGUGCUUGUGCGGCUACCAGCUCAUUCUGUUCCUGUUUGGUUGGUUCUUCCCGGUUCUUUGGUAUGCUGGAGCCUUCUUGCCGUUGUGUGUCCGCCGCAUAGAUCCCAGGGAGAAGCUGGGCUGGCUUGUGAAUUCUGCUGCGGCCGUGUGCUUCACAGUAUUGCUCAUCAUCCUCCUGGCCAAAUUCCAUUACCGAUGGGGAUACAACUAUGGUUACUGAGACAUGCAGAGGAUGUUACGAAAGCAUUUGUAUUGCACCUGCCUCUCCAAAGCAAUGAGAGGGAGGUUCACAGUCCGCCUGGCGUUUUUGGAAGGAGUACGAGGUAGCUAUAGCCUAGCAGGUGCCAAUGGUAGUGAAUUUGUGAUCAUCGUUAUCACGAGUACUGCUUAGGGCACUGCCGGAGGUUUUACGUAGACUAUACUUGUUGCAGAAAUUGCAGAGUUGAACCUUAACGUUUGAAUAUUUGAUCUGAUUCGACUCCUAAUUGAUCUGACGUGUGCAAUCCACGAUGACACUAUGCAGCUCAAAAUCAAGUGCGGCGCAUAGUUGUAAGCGCAGGGAAAAAGCACAAGUGCCAUUCCUGAUGAGUGGCAAAGGAAGUUGAACUAAUGAUAUGCGGCCUGCAAUGAAGGGAUGAAAGACUGGAUAACACCAUGUGGUACAUUGUAAAAUAUACAAGUACUC